AUGCCUGGAACUACUCUCCCCCCAUUCCCGGACAAUGUUCGAACCCAUCCGCUAUUGAUCAUUGAUCACGAGCUCAUCAAGGCUGGCGACAAGGAGGAAAUUGAUCGAUUGUGGGAGGCCGCGACAACGCUUGGAUUCUGGUAUUUAAAGAAUCAUGGCUCAGAUCAAGAAGUCAGCGACAUGUUUGAUAUGGGUGCCGAGACGCUGUCAUUACCCCUCGAAGAACGUAUGAAGUUCGAGCAAGGAGACGAUGGUCAAUCUUUUGGUGUAUGCAAAUUUGUGGACAACAUUGAAUUCAUCAAUGUUUCUAAAAACGAUGCACUCGCGUAUCCAGAGGUCGUUCACCUCACCUAUCCUUCGACCAUAAACGCUCGCAUGAAAAACACGGUUGUGCCAUUUGUCCGCAAGUCUCUUGAUGUGACAUUUGUCAUGUUGAGUGUAUUUAACGAUAAGCUUGGACUGCCGGAAGGGACUUUGGAGAGCCUGCAUACCGUGGAUGGCAUCAGUACUUGUGAGGCUAGAUGCACUCGCACCCCUGCUCUGCAGGCCAAGUCAGCAAUGGAAAGGCCUGUGCUAGCUGCUCAUUCUGAUUUCGGCAGUCUGACCUUCUUGCACAAUCGGCUUGGUGGACUCCAAGUGAUGCCCCCUGGUCAUGACGAGUGGUUCUACAUUCGACCCAUCCCUGGACAUGCUAUUUGCAAUGUUGCGGAUGCGCUGGCUCUUUUCAGCGGAGGCAUCUUGCAAUCCAACAUCCAUCGCGUUGUUCCACCUCCCGGUAUACAGGCUGAACAUGAACGGUGGUCCCUGGGUUACUUUACCCGUCCGACCAGCUCGAUAAUUCUUCGGGCUCUUGUUGAAUCCAGUCCCAUUAUCGCGGACGCUGUGAAGAGGCAACCUGAAAGAAACUUUGAGAGCGGUUCCACUGCUGCCCAGUGGCUCACGAGAAGAGUCAAGAAUCAGAGAAUUAAUAACAGAAAGGGACCAGAUACGUGGGCUGCGAGCCGUGGCACCGAGCACACUCCAACAGCGGCCUAG